UUUCAAUUCAAACUAGAUCAUCAUAACAACAAAUUACAGUCUAAUUAAAAAUAACUUCCAUUCUCCAAUAAGAUUACAUCCUCCAAUAAGAAUGAUCGAAUGUGUAAUAUAAUGAUAAAUCUUUUCAUUACAUUGUGCAUUAUUAUUUUGUUUUAAUGAUAUGUGUGGUGUUGGUUAAAAGAUGGCAUUAAAAUAACCAUACUCACAUUUGGAUCUUAGCUUGUGUGAAACUAAAACAAGUAAUUUAAACAGGUGUUACGUUCUUAAGAACAAUAAUUAACUAAAUAUGGUCGCACCUAAGACCUAAUUAACUCGAAGAAAGUAAGCAAAUGGCUAAGGCAAUAUAUGACAAUGGCAAUGCCUUAGCAGAUGAGAUGACUAGCGACCUAAGUUUACACGGGUGCCUGAAAGCCAUCCCAUGAAAAAGACAUCAUCUAUCCAUCGAUCUCUAUAUCACCAUUUUCUCUCCAUCUCCUGAUUUAUUCACAAACGGAAUUCAAAAAAGUUAAAGAAAGAACAAGUUAAACCUAGCUAAUUCUAGAGAGAGAAAAUGAGAAGCCAGCCAUCGACAAAAGCCGCCGGAGGGGCGUCGUCCUCGUCGUCGUCGAGAGGAACGGCGACGAAGCUGAAGACGACGCCGUGUUGCGCCAAGGUGGGGCUCAAGAGAGGGCCGUGGACGCCGGAGGAGGACGAGGUGCUGUCGGAGUACGUGAAGAGGGAGGGCGAGGGGCGGUGGAGAACCCUCCCGAAGAAGGCGGGACUCCUCCGGUGCGGGAAGAGCUGCCGCCUCCGGUGGAUGAACUACCUCCGCCCCUCCGUCAAGCGCGGCCACAUCGCCGCCGACGAGGAGGAUCUCAUCAUCCGCCUCCACCGCCUCCUAGGCAACAGGUGGUCAUUGAUAGCGGGAAGGAUUCCAGGGCGUACGGAUAACGAGAUAAAAAACUACUGGAACACUCACCUUAGCAAGAAGCUUAUCAGCCAAGGAAUUGACCCAAGAACUCACCGGCCUCUCAUAACCACCACAGACGGCGGCGGCGGCCGUCCCGCUGCCAAUAACCACCACCACGCCACGCCGUCACCUGAUCCGCCCCCCGUGUCUUACCUUGCUCCCUCCACUACCCUAAAGAUAAGCAGCAACAACAGCAUUAUUAAUGAUCAAGAACAGCACCGCCUUCCUCCUCCUCCUCCUCCACCACCGCUUCCUCUUGAGUACUCCGCCGUAAAAAAUAAUGAUAGCAACAAUAACAUUGAUUGUUUGAGUAUGAGUGGGGAUCAUCUUGGGAUAAUGAAUUAUUGUUGCACGGAUGAGUAUGUGUUCUUGAACUCUUUGAUCAACGAAGAUUUGUUGAUCACUGAUGCCCAGCCACCACCUGAUCAUCAUCAUCAUCAUGACAUUAUGGUGCCACCAUCAUCAUCAUCAAGUUUUGGUCAUGAUCAUCAUCAUCAGCCCAGCUUGGUUACUACUUAUCCAUUUGCUGCUCAACUGCAUGAUCAUCAGUCGAGUUUUCCCUUUAGUAGUGCUCAUGGAUUGGGUGAUGGUUUUCAACCAUAAAUGCCGGGUCAAAGAGUAACGGGAAUCAUCAUUCAAACUUGUUUAUUUGGUGGGGGCUUUCAAGUGGAAUUUUUGAUGAAGUUUCGUGAGCAUAUUUUUCAUCAACUAUAUAUUAUGUCCAUACCCUUUCAGUGCAAAAUUCGUUCGAGAAGUCAGUUAAAUAAAUUAUUCAAAAAAUUAUAAUAAUGCAGUGUUUUUCAAUAAUUUAUUUAUCUGGCUUCCCGAUGGAAUUUUAAGCUGAAAUUAUGUGGGCAUCAUCUACACUUAAUUAAGAAUAUGCUCACAAAACUUCAUAAAAAAUACCACAUGAAAGUCUCUCAAAUAGACAAGUUUGGAUGGCGGUUCCUGUCAGAAUUACAAGAGGUGAUCUUUUCUAUGUGAUCUGAAUGGUGUACUUUUAUUCUGCUUAAAAUAAAAUUCUACGUAGUAUAUUGUUUUAAAUCAAGAAAAAAUAAAUAAAUCGUGCCAGUAAUUUAAUGAUCAACCGUGCUAGAGGUACCCCAUUUUGGGGUACCCCAUUC